AUAAGAGAGACGGAGAGAAGGUGGUAAGGGGGAGAGAGACGACAGAGAGAGAAGGGCGGUGGUGCUGGUGGUGGGGGGAGAGGAAACGGGAGGGAGAUACAAGGAGAGAUAAAGACACGCGGAGAGUGAGAGGAAGAGCCAGAGACCAAGUGAGAGAGAUGAGGACAUCGAGGAGCGGAAGGGAGAGUGUGAAAGAGAGAGAGGCAGAGACACGCGGGACUGGAGUGAAGACAGCCUGUGAAGAGACGGGGAGGGAGACGGAGAGAACAGGGAGAGAGGAAUGAGGAGUACGACGGAAGGGGGACAGCAAUAAAUAGGAAGAGCAGGGAGAGAGAGAGUCAAGGAGACACGCAGAGCAGGGAGACACGAGGAGACAAGGAGAGAAACACAGAGAGAGGGAGGCGGUGACAGACGUGAGACAGAGAGCCACGGGGAGGGAGAGAUCGGGAGAGACAAGCGGAGAGAGCGUGGCACACGAGAGAGGAGCAGGGAGAGUCGGCGUCUGCGCUUCUCCGCCCUCCGUCAAGUCCCCUCGCUACUCCGCUCUUCGUUUCGGGGGUCUCCCCAGCGCGGAGCAGCAAGUGGACCAAGGGGCUCCAUCUGCCCGGGUCCCCUUGGCACGCUCCUGCCCUCUCCUCCUGCUGCUCCUCGCUUCGGACCACGACCCCCGCGGGUUCGGGGGUCGUGGGCCGAGCGGGUCGUGGGGGUAUCCUUGCCUGGGCCCCGAUGCAUGGGGUUCCCGGAGACCCCGGCCGUGCCGACCCCCUAGGAGCCCCGCAGGGAUAGGAGGCGCCGCGCCAUGGCCGAGCGGGCUCACGACCCCGCAGCUCCCCCUGAGUACGCACAGGCGGUGGGGCCCCCCAUCCCCUCGGCCCCCGUCCAGACCCCUUCCCAGACCCCCCUUGGCCCAGGGGGGCCCUACCCCGGCCCCCCAUACGCCCCCGCUCCCGUGAGCCCCUGCCCGGCCGCCUCUCCGGGGUUCCCACAGCCGGGGUUCGCCGCACCGGGACCCUACCCGGUUCCCUACGCGGGGUUCAUGCCAGCCUACCCCGUCGGUGGGGGGUUCGUGUCGGGGUACGGCGCGGUCCCCGUCGGCACGACCGCCGUCGGCCACGCUCAGCCGCUGCCGCUGGGCCUAGGGGGCGGGGGGGUCCCCUCUGUGGGGAUCCACGUGGGGGGCACCCUCCUGGGAGGCGAGCCCCGGGUCCCCCCCCACGACUAUCUGCCCAUCGCCGUCUUCAGCACCGUGUGCUGUUUCUGGCCCACGGGGGUGUUCGCCAUUCUCAAGGCCGUGCAGGCGCGUGCGGCCCUGCUGCGUGGCGACGUCCUGGCGGCCGAGAUCGCAUCUCGCCAGGCGCGGAACUUCGCCUUCAUCAGCCUGGCCGUGGGCAUAGCCGCGCUGGUGCUGUGCGCCAUCGUCACCUGCGUGGUCGUGAUCGCCUCCCGUGGUCACGAGGAGGCCCACUGGGCGCCGGGGGGUCACUAGCCGGGCCCGUCAAGGUCGGUGCGGCGGGGAGGAGGCCGGGGGGGAGCGGUCUCACCCAACCCCCCCCCCCCCCCCCCCCCCCCCCGAGGACCCCUGAGACUCUGUGGCACGGAGCCGCACGGGGCUGCUUGUGGCGAAGGCUCGCCGUUCGAGCCCGCCGGCUACCCCGGUUAGGGAGCCGCGGGUGUAGAAGGUAAAGAGGUAAAGAGGUAGAGGUGCAGCCCUGCAAGUGCUCGCUCACGCCACUGCCGGCAGAAAGGGCCUCCGCUGGGCAGACUUCUCGGAAGAGGUGGAAGUACCCACACUUUACCCUACCACUCACGCGACCUGCCGACUCGACCGCCUGCGGAGGGAGGCGGCGUGGGGUGAAUUUAAGAAACUUGCGAUCGUUGUUUCGUCUGCCGUGCCAGGAGGUGGAAUCGAGCCAAUGCCCUCUGGGCCCUGCUCCCCAUUGCACAACUGCGGGUUUAUUAACAGCACAGAUAUUUGUUGUCCCCUCCGACGGUGGACGUGUGUGGUCCCGUAACAUCAUUGGGAAAAGAUGUGACCACGUGUGCCCGUGUCACGGUCCACAUUUUAUAAAGUUUGAUAACUUCCUCGCCAAUUACUUUAUUGGGGAAAAAAGCACGUAGCAACAUCGCCACCUACUGGCAGAGUCAUGCCCGUGUGCGGGCCGCUUCUGCGUGCACCUUGUACCACGCAGAGACAGCUGCUACUUGCGGUCCCCUAGGCUGGACUGCAGCAGGGCCUUGGAACGGUCGAGAUGAGAUGCAACGCUAGGCGCUUUGACUUGCCGAGGCAUUGCAGCAAGUCCUGGACCCUGACCCGUGUCUGACACCCGCCCCCACCUCCCUCUUGGACUAACAACGGGCUCAACCCACGUCUACGAAUAUCUGGGGCUUCAUUUCAAACUAAUCAUUUUACAGCGCACUGGUAAACUGGAGCGUGUGGCAUGUGACGGGUAACUAUAGAAAGCCAUAGCAAUAGGGUAUACUGGAUGUGGUGUGCCAGGUGGUGAAAUUACAUUGCAGGAUCAGCAAGCGGGAUAGACCCAGCUGAGAUUAAGCCCUGCGAGCGCUUGCACAGAAACAACCUUGGCAACUAGCACGCAGACGUCUCAACAUGGUGACGUCACCACGGCGCUGGUGCCAGGCUAUGUGCACUCAAACACGCGCACACGCACACAGACGCCCGUACGCACUACCACGAAGCAUCCCUGGACUCUAACUCGGCGUCCGCCAGUUCCGCAGCCUCCGUGUUGGCCUCUCUCCCCUUCUCACCUGUGAGAUCUGGCCAGCUGGAUUUGACCCUGGCUCCCACCACGGUGCGUUGCUUGUACAAAGCCCUCACAAUAAGACGACUCUCACGUGCACACGCAGCCAGCAGAAUACGUGCGUUAUGCUCAUGAUGAUGAUUGUAAUGUGGUGCAUUUUAAUUUUAUUGAUGUAUUUGUUCGUUGGCUGCAGGGCAGGACUGUUACCCAUGCACACCUGUGCACACCUGUACAGAUCAGCUUGCGUGCAUUUGUAUAUUUCAUGAUGUAUAGGUGGUGUGUGUGUCCUGUGUUCCCACGGUUAGCCGGGUAGCCUUUACAAUGGGCUGACUUGCAUUUAUGCAUUUGAGAAUGUAUCUUAUAGAGAACCCUCAUUACAUCCGUUACAGAACCAUCGUCUCAUCCCACACAGAACCCUCAUUGGGGUGCCUUAGUUUGGCUCGAUGAACCCUCAUUGGGGUGCCUUAGUUUGGCUCGAUGAGGACGGCAGUCUUUGUAACCCCAGCGCGCACGCCAGCGUUGGCGACGAGCCCGACUGUCGCUCUACCGAUCGCACGGUUGAGUCGUCAUGCGGCAAUGCGGCCCACGUGCUGAUGCGUACUCGAUGUUGACUGUAUAUAUAAACUGUAUAGAGUACUAUAGGCUGUCAGUGAGCAGGUAAGGGUGGCAUGUGGUGGCAUGCAUAUUUUGUUGUCAUUCCCCCGUACCUCUGAUUAGCACGGUUGCCUAUGUACGGUGCGAAAAAAGUUCAACACACGUACAUCCGGUGGCUGAAUUUGGAAUGAGAAACGAAACGGUGGGAUUUUAACUUCAAUUGGAGAUGGGGUAUUGGGUCGGGGUAGCGUUAUGGAUAAGGGUUAUGAUUCGGUAUGGGGUAGAGGCUGAGUUAGGGGGUAGUGUUAGGGGGUAGUAUUCGGGGUGUAGUGUUGAGGGCAAAUGGAGGGUUAUGGAUACAGUUACUGGUUGAGUUAGCUUCGGCAUAGAGUUAUGGGAUCGAGGCAGGGUAGGAGUGCGUGCAGGAUUAAGGGUCGAGGUAGCGUUUGGGAUUGCUGUACAGAUGGGGUUACAGAUAAUGGUUGGGUUGGAAUACUGAGUAGGGUUGGGCUGGGGAAGAGUUUGAAUUAUGGAUGGCAUUAGGGUCAAGUGUCGAGGUUGGGUUUUAGUUAUGAAGGAAUAGGAUCUGGUUAUGGUUAUAGGGUUCAGGUGAGGGGGGCGGGUAAAGGAAGGUUGAGGGUUAGUACGAGGGUUGGCCUCACAGGGAGGGUUUGUGCUCUGACCACCCUCAACCCUCUCGACAACCACGGUGAGGGGCACCUCCUCGUGGCGGCUUGGGGGGGGGGAGGGCAUCGCUUCCUUGCCUGUACCGCAUCUCGUUAUCAGUUGACUAUACUUCCCCACGCUGGUCAGUGGGGGUUGGUGGAUUGGGGGGGGAGGGGGGGCACAGUCUCGUUUAUCGGUGGGUAUUUAAUGUGCGCACUUUCAUUUUUUAAUGUUUUAGUCGCUAUUUAAUAUUUUAUAUUUUUCAACAAAUUCUGAUCGAUAGCGGUGACGCGGAGCUGUGAUGGGUGCGUGGGGCUCAUGUCGGCCAUUCUCUAUCCGCUGCUGGAUGUGAGUAUACAUAUACAGUUAACAGGCUAUAACACAAUAUUAGAGGUUGUACUCCCUGUUGCGUCGGAGGUAAUCUACUUUGAACUCGAGCUGGACUGUAAUUCGAUUACUUAAGUAAUUGGAUUUACUCUACCAAUUAUUGCUUGGAUUCAUCGAUACAUCAUACGUGAAAAUCAUUCUGGGGGGGGGGUAUAAAAAUCCCAACCCUGGUCCCACGUGUGCCACUGGACGGGAGGCCCACAGUAUCGUCAGCCGUGCUACGCUGGGCGUGGCUUGUAGGGGGUUUCCAGCCUUCGCGAGGCAGGACGUGGGGGGCGGCCACCAUCUUUAAAGGGGCACCAGGAAUCGACCACGAGAAAACAAAAAGUUUUAUAAUUUAGCUCGAUUCAUCUCUCUCAUCGUGCCAUCUCGUGCACUCAGCCAGGGGAGGUCACAGCCGUGGAGGCGUAGCAGUACAGAACGACGAUUCAUGUUUCUGCACUACCCCUCUCCUCUCCGGCGUGUACCCCCCUCUCUCCCCGCAGCCUGUAACCUAUAACACCUGUUAUACGCAUGGUGGUCGCCCAUACAAGCAUUGUCGAGGCUGAACGUGGCUUAGCUUCCUUCCGAGCUGUGGCGAGCUCGGGUUCAUUUUGGGGAACUUGCCUGCAGGUAAACUACUAUUAUUAUUCACGUGUAACGAGGAUUCAUUACAAUAAUAAAUGUUUACACACAAUA